CCAGGCAUCAUCUAUAGAGAACACUGAGCCAGCGGUGAGCCGAUUAGAGGGGACAUUACUGUGAUGCCUGCUACUACAGGAAACCUAUGGAGAAGAAGGAUUUUGAGACAUGGCUUGAAAACCUUUCAGUGUCCUUCUUCACCUUGACUGACCUGCAGAAAAAUGAGACGUUGGAUCACUUGAUCAGCCUGAGCGGGGCGGUGCAGCUGCGGCAUCUUUCCAAUAAUUUGGAGACUCUUCUAAAGAGAGAUUUCCUGAAACUUCUUCCACUGGAGCUCAGCUUCUACUUGCUAAAGUGGCUGGACCCGCAGACCUUACUCACAUGUUGCCUGGUCUCCAAGCAAUGGAACAAGGUGAUAAGUGCCUGUACAGAGGUGUGGCAGUCUGCAUGUCGGCGUUUGGGCUGGCAGGUUGACGACGCUGUGCAGGAUACUCUUCACUGGAAGAAAGUUUACCUGAAGGCCGUCUUGCGAAUGAAACAGCUGGCCAACCAUGAAGCAUUUCAGACUGCGUCACUCAUUGGGCACAGUGCCAGGGUUUAUGCACUUUACUAUAAAGAUGGCCUCCUCUGUACAGGCUCAGAUGACUUGUCCGCAAAACUGUGGGACGUCAGCACUGGUCAGUGUAUAUAUGGGAUCCAGACACAUACAUGUGCUGCUGUGACCUUCGAUGAACAGAAACUAAUCACUGGCUCCUUUGAUAACACAGUGGCCUGCUGGGACUGGAGCUCAGGGGCCAGAAUUCAGCACUUCCGAGGUCAUACAGGGGCAGUGUUCAGUGUGGACUAUAAUGAUGAAUUGGACGUUCUGGUCAGUGGCUCUGCGGAUAACACUGUGAAAAUCUGGGCCUUAUCUUCCGGAUCAUGCUUGAAUACACUCACCGGACACACCGAGUGGGUCACCAAGGUCGUCUUACAGAGAUGUGAGGUGAAAUCCGUCAUGCAUAGUCCCGGAGAUUACAUCCUUUUAAGUGCUGAUAAAUAUGAAAUUAAGGUUUGGCCAAUUGGCAGAGAAAUUAACUGCAAAUGUUUGAAGACGCUGUAUGUGUCGGAUGACCGGAGUAUUACGCUGCAGCCACGCCUGCACUUCGAUGGCAGAUACAUCGUAUGCAGCUCAGCAUUAGGACUCUACCAAUGGGAUUUUGCCAGCUAUGACAUUUUAAGAAUUAUAAAAAUGCCAGACUCCAACAGCCUCUCCCUUCUCGGCUUUGGUGACACUUUUGCUCUUUUGUUUGACAACCACCACUUGUACAUUAUGAACUUACGGACUGAGAAAGUGAUCAGCCGUUGGCCCCUGCCAGAGUAUAGGAAGUCCAAGCGGGGCUCAAGCUUCUUGGCGGGAGAAAUGGAAUGGCUGAACGGCUUGGAUGGUGUUAAUGACGUUGGCUUGGUCUUUGCCACAAGUAUGCCUGAUCACAGUAUCCAUUUGGUAUUGUGGAAAGAAAAUGGCUGAGAGCAGCAAAUGGGCAUCGGGUGUUUUUAUCAGGAUGUUCAGACUGAAGUAUCAGCAACCACCUUCAGAGCAUAACUUGCAUGAACCAAAGUCUCCCAUCAUGCACUGCACAAUCAUAGUUUUCUUUUUGGUUAGUUUGGAGAGGAAAGAGCCUUUUAUUACCACAUUAGCAUUUCGCAUGCUGAAAGGAUCUCACUGCCUAUUUUUACAUACAUCCCAUGAACUGUGUGUGUGAUUAAUGUCCAGCCACAGUCCUUCCUUCAGAUUGCUUUUAAAGAAAACCGGAAGAGAAAGUGAACCUGUAUCUUGUCAAUCACCCAUUUGUACUAUAGAUUUCAGUCUUCAAUAGUCUUUAUACAUGUAAUCUAUUUUAUUACAAAAUAGACUAAAUGAUUUGCUAGUUUAUCUAUAACAUAUGACAGGAAUUUCCCCAUCAACAUCACCACCAGCUGUUGUAUAAAAGCAC